GAAGGUCCGUGUGGCUAAGAAACGGCAGGAGCGAGGGGGAGAGGGUCUCAGGCGCACACCAAGACCUUAGGGUAUUUUAGCGCAGAGAGCUGCUCAGAGGGCAGCUGUAGGCCGAGCCUCGGGGCUCCAUCUUUUUAUUGAAGUUUUUAGUGAUAAUUGUAGAUUCACAUGCAGCUGUAAGAAAUAAUACAGCAAGAUCCUUAUACACUUGCCCAGUUUCCCGCAUUGGUGACAUUUGUAAAACUAAUAAUACAGUAUUGCAACCAGAACACUGGCGUGGACAGUCCCCAGGCCAUCCUCUGAUUUCCCCAGCUUUUCUUGUACUUGUCUCGUGUGUGUGUUUAGUUCUCUAGUUUUAUCACGUGCACAGGUUUUAGCCACCACUGGCGUCAAAAUACAGAAAGUUUUCAUCAUAAGGAUCCCUCCCUCCCGCACAUGUAACCUUUUGCAAAAUUAGAGUACAAUACCGCCCUCGGUAUGGACACUGGUACAGCCCAGCAGCGGAGAUCUUGCUGUGCUCCAGUGCCUGUGGUUCUGCUGUUCUGUCCUUUGAUGCAGGGACCUUGCAUGUCAGCUGCUUGAAUGAGACGCCACUCAUCCCCAGCAGGACCUCAGAACGCCCCAUGACUAACUCCGCGCAGGAACAGCGCCCUCCUGCUGGUGGGCUGUUCUCUUACUACCUCUCUGUCCACAGUGGCCUUUUGUCAGCACUUGGGAACUUGCUGGCCCAGAUGAUUAAGAAGCGGAAAAAAGAAAACUGCUCUCAAAGGCUAGAUGUCAGUGGGCCCCUCAGAUAUGCCAUUUACGGGUUCUUCACAGGGCCGCUGAGUCACUUCUUCUACCUCCUCAUGGAGUACUGGAUCCCUCCUGAGGUCCCCUGGGCAGGGGUCAAGAGGCUGCUCCUGGACCGCCUCCUCUUUGCGCCGGCCUUCCUGUUGUUGUUCCUCAUCGGCAUGAGCUUCCUGGAGGGUGGAGACGCAGCCGCCAGUGCCGCCAAGGUGAGGACUGCAUUCUGGCCAGCACUGCAGAUGAACUGGCGCGUCUGGACCCCAGUGCAGUUCAUUAACAUCAACUACGUCCCCUUGCAGUACAGGCAACUCAAGAGAGAUUUGCACACCCACGUCCACAGCAGCAUCGGUCACAGCAGCCGAGAGGUGGAAACCCGUGUCCAUGGACGGAUGGAAAGAUACACAAGACGUGGGCUCUCCACAUAGUGGAAUCUUACUCGGUCUUAAAAAAGAACUCGGACUCCUGCUGCAACACGGAUGAACCUCGAGGACACUAUACGGAGUGAAAUAAGCUGGUCCCGAAGAACAAACAGUACACGGUCCCACUUGUACUCGGUCCCUGGAGACAACCGCAUAGGCACAGAGUAGAUGGUGGGAGCGGGGCCGGGAGGGGGGAAAUGGGGAGAGCUUGGCGGGGGCCGGGAAAUGGGGAGAGCUUAACGGGGACGGCGAGGGCCGGGGGAGAUGAGCUGGGAUGGAGGUGGUGACGGCCGCACCGCGGGAACGUGCUUAACGCCCCGAGCUGCAGCUGCACGUGGCGGAGCCAGCGGCCCUCACGUGCGCAUCUUACUACCCCGCGGAGGCCCCACAGUCACUAAGCGGAACCC